CACCUCUCUCUCUCUUUCUCCCUUCUUCCACGGCGCCCCACCGCCGCGGCGUUGCCACCUUCCUCCUCCUUCACUUUCGUGUAACUUAGAAAGCUAAGCCGCAGAUAUAUAUAUGUAUGCGUAUUGAAUAAGCUAGCUUAGCACUGUUUGUUAGUUACUGCUACAUAGUAGAAGCUAGCUAGGCGGCCAGGCGGUGAUGAUAAUGGCGGAUGAAUCGUGUGCGGUUCCACCGGGAUUUCGAUUCCAUCCGACGGAUGAGGAGCUUGUGGGGUACUAUCUCAGGAAGAAGAUUGCAUCUCAGAGAAUUGAUCUUGACGUUAUUAGAGAUAUUGAUCUCUACAGGAUUGAACCCUGGGAUCUUCAGUAUAAAUGUCGGAUUGGGUAUGAAGAGCAAAACGAGUGGUAUUUCUUUAGCCACAAGGAUAAGAAGUAUCCGACGGGGACGAGGACGAACAGGGCGACUAUGGCGGGAUUCUGGAAGGCGACAGGGAGAGACAAGGCUAUUUAUCAUAAAUCCAAGAUUAUUGGCAUGAGGAAAACCCUUGUCUUCUACAAAGGGAGGGCGCCAAAUGGCCGCAAAACUGACUGGAUCAUGCAUGAAUACCGCCUUGAAUCUCAAAAUAAUUCCCCACCACAGGAAGAAGGAUGGGUGGUGUGUCGUGCAUUCAAGAAAAGAAUGGCGGGUCAAGCAAGGAUCAAUGCUGAAACCUGGGAAUCAUCAAGAAAACCUAGCAAUGAAACCUCAGUGAUAAUGGAUCCUGCCGAUUAUUACAUCACCACCCGACAAACCACACCGACCACUUUCAUUUCCUCCCAUCAUCAUCACAGUUUCUUGCGCAGCAAGCAAGACCUCUCAUCAUCAUGCAAUAAUCUCACCGAUCAAUUUAUACACCUCCCGCAGCUACAGAGCCCCUCCCACCCUCCGCCGCUCCAAAACCCGGCCACCUCUCCGUCAGUGCCGCCGGAAAGUUAUAAUAAGUUCCAUGGAAGUAACAUAGAAGAAGAGGAUGAAAAUAAUAAUAGAGUGAGUGAUUGGAGGGCUCUUGAUAAGCUUGUUGCUUCCCAGUUGAACCACGACGAUAAUCCUGAUGAUGAUCAGAAGAGAUACAACGGCGGCGGAUUGAAAAAUCAGGACAAUUCCGAUGUGGGUUUGCUGCUAUUGCAGAGCGGUGGAAUCUGGGAAGAUGGGGAUGACGACAUUAAUAGGUUCUUCUCUUCAAACCCAGACUGUAAUAAUAUUGGUAUUUGCCUUUUUGAUAAAUGAGCUAGGCUAUGAACUAUAUAUGAUGUUGGUAUUAUAUUUUCGAUGUUUAUAAUGAAGCAGAUAUAUGUAAUGUAAAGAUUUUGAUCAUAAA